AUGGCGGUCACCCAUACUAUCGGCAUCGCAAAUGGCGAAUUCCUGAAGCUGCAGGGUCGAAUGCCAGUAUUAUCCCAAGCCCUUCAGAAAUCUCAAAUGCUCCUCAACCCAAAGCACCCGUUGUGGAGGGGGCUGUCCAAACUGCUAGUCCACCUGUCAGUCAUGUGCGACUACACGUCGCGGUUGCAGCCCCAUGAAACGACCGACAGUUUAGCAUCCCGUGACGCUCGAGACUGCAAUUACGACGACAAAGCUGCUUGCUUCCCUGGUACGCCCUGCAUACGUUUGCUCGGCCACUACCAAAGCGACGUAUCCCGUGAUAAAAUAUGCACGAAGAAAGCUCCUGCAUCAAAGUACAAAUUGCCGGGAAUAUUUCACUUCAUCUGCCCACAUUCCAUUUGCCUUGGAUUUGUUUUGAUGUUCGACUACGAGAGUCCGUCCCACCCGUUUUCGAUCCUCGCUCAGCGAUUAAGCCGGACCGAUGGGAAGCGUGUCGUCAUAAUCGACAACGCCUGCAACAUCCAAAACUACUGCAUGCAACGAGAGCCCUGGAUCUUUCGAAACAUUUGGUUCCUCGUGGAUCGACUGCACUAUGCAAACCACAUCAACUGCUCCAGCUGCGGAUACAUGAGGAGAGAUAACUUCAUGCUGUUCAUUCAACACAACAUGGCAACGUUAAAUCACCGUCGAGUCAACACGAUUCACGUGGAAGGUCAAGUUCGAAGCAGCUUUACGUCAGCCCAAUUGCAAGAACUCAACGCGAUGCUGUCGGAGAUGCAAGGCGCCAUUCAACCACCCGCGACACAGUGA